AUGAGCCGCUUGUUCACCCUUGUGGCUGGCCUUGGGCUGGGCGGCGCCUUUGGCGUCUAUGCAGCACAGAACUACGACGUGCCUCGCGUCACAGAUGUUGCACAGCGCGCAUUGGAAUGGCUUGAAGACAAGGAAAAGUCGAAUCGAAAAUGA